UUUAUUUUAUUCCGUUUCCAUGAGCUGCGAUAACAUGACUAUGUCUGCCUCUUUAGAUAAAAGACAGUCUGAUUUUGUAUGAAAGUGUAGGCUCGCAAGAUUGCCAACCUAACAGGAACGGAAGGUGUUUGAAGGGAGAGGCGGGUUUGAGAAAUGAUUGAGGUGUUUCCUGACCAGUACUGAAGGGUGUAGUUGCUGGGAUAGCAGGUGGGAUGGAGUUAGUCCAAUAGGACUGACGGAGGGUGGUUCCUUCCGCACAUCAAGUGUGGUUGCUUUCUUCUGUACACAAUACCUGCACUGAGUGAACACCAGUUCAGUUCCUGUUGCAGGCUGACUGAGCCAAACGUUGGUGCUGGGAAGACUUAAUAACUCAACAGUUAUCAAGCCGUUAAAUAGAAAGACUUUGCCAUUUUUCUAGUGGGGCGGCGAACUGAAUAGAACAAUUGUUUGCAAAGGAACAGAGACGACAGGAAAUCUAAAUAUUAAGAGGAACCUAGGACCGACAAGUGCAGAAAACACGCAACAAUACCAGUUUAUAUUUAUGCAGCAGGAUCAAGGACAUCCCUGCUAUCCUGGGAACAAGUCUGGAACCUUGCACUCCUUUUAUGGCAAUAACAUCUUUUCUGAGGGUUACACGUCUUUUUGGAAUGACUGCAUCUCAUCUGGUUUGCGUGGAUGCAUGCUGAUUGAAUUAGCACUUCGAGGGCGUUUGCAAUUGGAAUCUUUUGGGAUGAGACGCAAAAGUUUACUAACAAGAAAGGUCAUCUGUAAGUCAGAUACUCCAACUGGAGAUGUUUUACUUGAUGAAGCCUUGAAACAUAUUAAAGAAACUCAGCCUCCAGAAGCUGUGCAAAGCUGGAUUGAGCUUCUCAGUGGUGAAACGUGGAAUCCAUUAAAACUACACUAUCAAUUACGAAAUGUUCGUGAGCGAUUGGCUAAAAACCUGGUGGAGAAAGGUGUACUGACUACAGAGAAACAAAACUUCCUGCUGUUCGAUAUGACAACUCAUCCGCUGACCAACAAUGUCAUCAAGCAACGUCUCAUCAAAAAAGUGCAGGAAGCAGUGCUGGAUAAGUGGGUGAAUGAUCCUCACCGGAUGGACAAGCGCCUGCUUGCCCUCAUUUACUUAGCCCAUGCCUCAGAUGUACUGGAAAAUGCUUUUGCCCCACUCUUGGAUGAACAUUAUGACUUGGCCAUGAAAAGAGUGCGACAAUUACUGGACUUGGAUCCUGAAGUUGAAUCUAUGAAGCCUAAUACAAAUGAAUUGCUCUGGGCUGUCGUGGCAGCCUUUACUAAGUAAAAUGUAUCGAACUGUACAUUCUUUUUCCUGUUUUUCCUUUUCCAUGUUAUUCAUGUCCUUCUAAAACAAUUUUUUUCUCCGCUAAACUUGUCCUUUCCUUUUCAAGCUGCUAAAGGCUUUGCUUCCAGUUAAUCCAGGAAGAUCAUAAAUGGCCCAUGAAACACAGCAUUUAGUACAGCCAAAGAAAUACAGUAAACUUUGUUUUGUGGCCUGUCUGGUUCUUGACCCACGUGCAUUAGUGAUUGAUUGUGUGAAGAGAAAAGCAAAUGCAAUUUAUUCCUGAUAAAUUCAUAAUCAGUCUAUCAAGAUAUUUUGUCAGCGAUUUUCUGUGAUAGAAAUGAAUGAGAUUGGUAGACUUUAAAAACUGAUCAAAUAUGUAUUUAUCUGGACUAUAAAUGGCAUUGCUCUUUACAAUAAUUAUCAUAUGAAGUUACACUUUCAAUAAAAGUACUGCAGUAUAAAAUGUUCAAUACCUGCCUUUUUACUGCAGUAUUUCUUGCUCUGGUUUAAAAUGUUAAUAUUGUUAUGAAGGAGAGAUAUGCAAGAUAAAAAUGUUUCGUGUUUAUUUCCACCCCAUUCAAUCACUCUUUAAAAACCAGUUACCUAAAUUUAGGAGGCCCAUUCACACUACGUUAUUAGAUAUUUAAGUAAAGCUUUGCCUUAUUAUAUUAUCCACUGUGUCAUCAGCUGUAAAAUGUCAUCAGACUUAUUCGUUGUGAUGACGAGUGAAACUAUUGGCUACUGUGGCAGUACUGCUUUCAAUGGACAUUGGAAAACAGGUCUUCCCAUGCAAAGUAAUAAAACUAGAAGACCUUUAAAAAGAACUUGCACAUGCCUGAUAAAUUAUAACAAAUGAUUAGGAAGUUGAAUUAUUAUUUUAUUCUGAUUCACGUCUCAAAGCGAGUAAGUACAGUCACAAUUUAGUUGCAUUUUCCUAUCUUAGAGACAUUCUCCUUUGAGAAUAGAUUGAGUGUGCAUUCUCUUCUCUCUUUUCAAUUCUGGCCCUGUAACAGAAGAAUAACAGUUUCUUUAAAGUUUGAAGAUUUCUGUUAAAUUUUUGUAAGUUUAUAUGUUUGUGUUACAUAUAUACUUUUUUGUAAGGCAUCUCUGUUUUUAAAUUAUUACAUCAACUUAGUUGGCAGAGAGUGCCUUCUAACAAUGGUCCAUGAAUUCACAAUUUUAAAUGGAAGCAAUUCUGGGAUAGCCAACAUUCCAGUACAUUAUGUAUAUAGUUCAACUUGUAUAUUUAUCUACUCCAUCCUAGUUUUUUGCAAGACACAAUGAAUUCUACACCUGACCUCAUCUGUGCUUAGCCACUGAUUUAUGGUGGAAAGGGGCUUCUUCUGUAAAGCAUGUGCAAAGCUCUUGUAUGUGAUUUUGAUGUAUGUGGAAAAGUACCGAGCAGGUACUUUGACCUAUGCAUAGCCUUUUAUUAUGUUAAUCAAUGUACAGUAAGAGUCAGUUCUAUGUCAUUGUAAAGAAUAUAUUUCAUGUCAAAGAACACUUGUGACUGGCAAAUUGAGUGCAAUUUUUUUUCAUUUCUCUGUUCUUUGUACACUGAAAAAGGAUGUGAAAUCACAGUUUUUUUGCGCAUAUAUUACCAACUUUUAAUUAAUAUCCAGCUUUAGAAACAUUCUUUUAUAGGCAUGGCAUGUGAAUUGUUUGUAGCAAUGGAUGUUCACCGUAAUUAUUAAGGGUAUUCUUUUUGUUGAGUAGCAAAUAUUCAAAUAAUGGCAGAUUUUAAUUUUAUAUAUAACUUGAUUUUAACAUAUUAUCUUAUACAAUUAUUGCCUUUUUUUAAACCUGUGAGCUUUUUCCAUUCCUUGCUUCACUGCUGGUUUCACCAGGUAUGUGUGUGUGUGUGUGUGUGUGUAUGUGUAUAUAAAACGAGAUUGUUACAAAUACAGUGAUUCAAGAUAUACUGCAUCUUAAUGAUGGGGCUGACAGGUGUUUGGAAAUUAUUUUUGUUUAAAUAGUCAAAGCAAAAAUGCUAGAUGGUGUAGAACUGUAGACCUGAAAUUAAAGGGAUUCCUGAUCUGUAUACUAGCUUUUUAACCUUUCAGUUAAUAAACAAUGAUUUUGAAAGUG